AUGCCCACCCCCGCCGACCCGCUCAUUCUAGAACCAUACUCCCUCUACAUCCUCCUCUUCGGCCGCGGCGAAGCUUACCGAUUCCAUUGGGGUUUAUUUCUCACCGCCGCCCAUCCCACAUCAUCAACAGCAGAAGGACAAGAAAACAACCCAGGCGAAGAAGCAUCAACAACAACUACAACAACAACUACUACCACUCCAACAAACCCCACAGGCACCCUCUUCGAACUCACAAACCCAAACCCAUCCAACGAAAAGCUCUGGACCUACAGAACCACCCUUCUCACCAGCUUCACAAACAGACACAACCCGCUCUGCGCCCUGAAGAUCUCCAACGUGGAGCCGCUCCUCCAAGCGGACUUCCAUGCCCUCCUGGCCACGAUCCCCGUCAUCCCAUAUUCCCAGCGCUUUGGCGAGGAGACGUCGUGCCGUGUGUGGCUGAAGGAGGCGCUGUACGAACUUGACCAGAGCGGCUUUAUCCAGCUUGUCCGGCCGGUUGAGGAAAUUGAGAUGGAGGUGCAGCAGAUGGGGAUGAUGUGUUGGUAUUCUAGGGCUGAGUGGGCGGAAGGGAGGGCGAGUUUGGUGGUGGAGAGGGUGGCGAGGAAAGCCCCACGCUCAUAA